AUGCGCCGAGUCCCGUACCCGGUCGCAAUCAUAACAGCAACAGAUCCCAAUGGACCGCCAGACACAACAUCCUUCCGCGGAAUGACCGUCUCCUCGUUUAAUACCGUCACACUCUCUCCUCACCCCGUGAUAUCCUUCAAUGUCCGCCGACCAUCCGAGACCUUGAAUGCGCUUCUAGCGUCCGGCCGGUUCCUCGUCCACCUCCUCGCACCCGGCCCCGCCACGUCCACCCUAGCCAGAGACUUCUCGAAAGGAAAUACAACGUUAGCAUCUAUGCUGAGCGGUCAUGGGGAAUUCGAGUUUGGCGCUCUGAGUGUCGAACCCGAGCAGGGGUCAUCAAAGCCGCUUCCUAUACUCAGACGUCGAGCUCAGAGCUCGGAGAAAGAGGAGGUUGAUUUCCCAUUUGUCUUCGAGUGUACUCUGCAUCCGAGCAAAAUCGAUGUACACGACCACUCGAUUAUACUGGGUACAGUUGUCCGAGCGAUUGAGGGCUCAGAUACCCGGCCUUCGGGCGAGCAGACCGGGGCUCAGGCCAGUCUCGAUGAGCAUUCGCCAGAGCACUUGUGUUUGACGUAUGCCAACACUCGAUUCUGGAAGAUGGGCAGUGAAUUAUAA